AUGUCGGAAAAAGAGGAAUCGAGUGAUAGUGAUGGCCCUAUAGUAAAUGACAAUGUAAUACGUAUUCAAUUACGAAAGCCGACCCACAGAAAAUGGGAAUUGCGGACGCGAAAUCUAUCCCCCGGGAUUAAGUUUCCCACUAUUCAGCUGUUCGACAGCGAAGGGAAUUUACUUGUGGAAACAAAUGAUGAAAACAUAUCAGUAAAGAGCGUAUGUUAUGAUGAAACUAGUUUAAAAAGUACUCAAUCAUUAAGAGAGAAAGAAUCUAAGCGAACAGUUUAUACACAUCCUAUACGAAAACAAAAUACUAUUUCGGGCGAUAGAAUUUACACGCGAAUAUUCAAAGGGUCAGGUUUUAUUAGUCAUGAAAGAGAAAAUUGUGAUAAGAAUUUAAUUGUAGGACAUAUUAGUUCUCAAAACAUUCCAAAUAAACACAAAGAAAACCGUAGCGUAGAUAGUUUAAACUCAAUUCUAGACACUACGCCGUUUAUUUCAGAUUAUGAUGUAAGUAGUUAUAAAAGUUCAGAUAACGAAACAAACGAUGAUUUUAUUUGCGCAAAAAAUCACACACCAGAACAUUGCAUAAAUAAUGAAAUAUCUGAGCAAAUAUACGAAAAUAAUGUAAAUAAAGAUAAGGAAAAUAAUAUAGCCGGUCUCCACGGAUCUCAAUCAUUUACGGAUCCGGUACCAAAAUAUCGUUUAAGAGAUACAGACGCCGUACAGCGUUCCCAAUCUGGAAUUAUUUAUAAACCUCCGCCCAAUAAGGUUUCCUUUCUAAAUACUUACCUUAAAAGCAUAACCGCACGCAGGGCGUCCAAUACAGGAUUCAUUUUAAACCGUCCCCCAAUUAAAGACUCUCCACAAAAUUCACAUAACACCACCGAGGCUGUUCCUAAAUUAAACUGCGAGAGAUCCUUUGAAUUGGAUAUCACAGAUAAUGAUUACAUUAAUAUUCCAACGGACGUAGCGGCUAAUUCCGUGAUGAAAAACCGUUUAAAAAUCUAUCGGCGCGGUAUAUCCGAGAUCGAAUUGUACGACGAAAGUACAAGUAUAUCUGGGAAGAAAAGACGGCAUUCAGUGAGCACAAUGCAGAUUAGCCGAAGUUCAUCCUCGGAAAGUGUAGACGAGGCGGAUGUGAUACUAAAUCGCUUGAGGCGUAGAAUAGUGAAGAAUAAGUUGAGGGAAAAACGACGUAGUGUCGGUACUAAGCUCCUUGGUAAGUAUUACAAAGUUUUAAUUGGUUGCAUUGGGUGA